AUGUCCAAUUACUGCGAGCCCCUACUUUACGCGCUCAAGGAAUGUCUGAUGCGCUCAGACUGUGUGGCUAAAGAUGGGAACCUACCCUCUGAUUGCCUCAAGAACCACUUCGACGACCUACCGUUGGAAUGCCGGAAUCUGCGUCAAGCAACCUUCGAGUGCAAGCGAGGGAUGCUUGACAUGCGCAAGAGAUUCAGAGGGAAUAAUGCGGCGACUUACGGCCUUGCCCAACCGCCACAACCCCCAGCUCCUUCCCCCGCAUCAUCGCUAUCACCACAAUCGUAG